AUGAAGUGCCUUACAGUUCUCUUCACCAUUAUUACUCUCUCCGAAUGUCUCUUUAAGAUUUCUUUGGAGAGGAGGAAGAGUCUAAGAAAGAUUCUCAGGGAGGAAAACUUGUUGGAAAAUUUUCUUUUGAAACACUGUUAUGGCUUCUUUUGUCAAUACCUCCCUUUUGCAAAAAAUGGCCAUGUGUCUAAGGAACCGCUUCUGGAUUUCUUGGAUCUCGAAUACUAUGGAACAAUCUACAUUGGAACCCCACCACAGAAGUUCUCUGUUGUUUUUGACACUGGGUCAUCCGAUCUCUGGGUACCAUCUGUCAAGUGCAGUAGUGAGGCAUGCCUAAAACAUCGGAGGUUUGACUCAUCUAAGUCUUCUACCUUCCGCAGAACAGGAAAACACUUCCACAUUGUGUAUGGGACUGGAAGCAUGAAAGGAAUCUUGGUAUUUGAUACAGUUAAGGUAUCCAGUCUUUCCAUUUCUCAUCAGGGAUUUGGCUUGAGUACCACUGAGCCAGGUAAAGCCUUUGUCAACAUGACAUUUGAUGGGAUCCUGGGCUUAGCCUACCCCUCCGUUUCUGAAGAAAAAGCAACUCCAUUCUUUGAUAGCCUGAUGAAGGAAGGCUUGCUUGAGAAACACCAAUUUUCUGUUUAUCUCAGCAGAAAGAAAAGAGGAAGUGAGUUCAUUUUUGGUGGAAUUGAUCAGUCUCACUAUACUGGUCGUAUUAAUUGGAUACCUGUUAAUUAUCAGUCGGGUUUUUGGCAGAUUGCACUGGAUAGCAUUUUAGUGAAUGGUACAGAGAUUGCCUGCAAAGGUGGAUGCCACGGAAUCGUUGAUACAGGGACAUCCCUCUUGCUUGGCCCAAGAUAUGAUAUGAUUAAAAUCGAAAAAGCCAUUGGAGCCACUCCAACGCACUUUGGCAUGAGUGAAAUCAACUGCAGUAAACUCUCCAAUAUGCCAGACGUUGUUUUUGUAAUCAAUGGAAUCCACUAUCCUUUGCCUCCAUCAGCCUACACUCUAAAGGAGAAACAAGUCGGCUGCUUUAGUGGUUUCGGAUACUCAUCUGAUGGCAGUUGGAACCUAGGAGAUGUGUUCAUCAGAGAAUACUACAGUAUCUUUGACCGGGAGAACAACCAAGUUGGACUGGCAAAGGCAGUCUAAAAUAAUUGUGCCUUUUAACAACUGCAAGUGCUGUAAUCAUUCAUCUAAUUGACUUACGCAGAUAGCAUUUUAAC